AUGCUAAACUAUCAAUCGGUUUUCUUCUUCUGUCUAAUCAUAACGUCUAUCAUAACCAUUCAUGCUUUUCCAAAUCUAAACGAAUCUGAUUUAUUCGAUUUAACCAGUGCACAAAAGGCCUUAUGCCCAAUUGUUGGAUUUCAUGGACAAUUCUGUCCCGGUAUUAAUGAAACAUUAACUCCGUUGCAAAUUCGUUCGAAAGCAGCAAACAUAGGUCCAUUGCCUUUACCAACUGGUGUUGGUAUAACUAUUGAUGUGAGUACUGGCGCUUUGAAAUUACCUGCAUUAGAAUUUACCUUUAAUAAAGGUAGUCGAUUAUGGACCGAUCGAGAAUCUGGACAAACAUUCAUUGUUCCCUCGGAGAUACUGUUGACUGAUACAGUUUCAUCUUCGGAUAAUAAUAAUAAUUCAUCGAUUAUCAUUCGGAUAUUUCGUACGGAAACUGAACUUGCCGAUGUUUGGCUGCGUAAUGCUGAAUCCGGAGGAUGGUCCGGAGGACAACUGGCUGAUAUAAAAAAUAUUUCUAAUUUGUAUGAUAAUUACUUUAAAGAUAAUCAAGCAACAGCCAUAUCACAAGAUUUUAAGACAAUCCACACUCUAACUAUAAAUAAUAAUCUAAUAAAACUGAAUAAAUAUGCACAAAGGGCUAUAAAUAUAUUAACAUUACAAUACAAUGAAAGUCUCUAUCAACGUUUUUUAGAUGCUUGGGGAACACAUAUUACUGUUUCAACGAACGUCGGUGGUAUGACUGAACAACAAAUAUUAUUUAAAAGUUGUACAAUUCGUUCUUCGGAAAUAUCUAAUGGUUUAGAAGAAUCGACGUUUAAAGAAAAUUUAAAAGAAGAACUUCUACAAUCAAAUCCUUGUUUAGAUGCCUUUUACUAUGCUAGGCGAAAAAAAUUAAUCGAUCAUCGUAUUGGUGGUAAUACGGUUCUCCUGAAUGAUACAAGUGAAUGGAAAAAAACAAUUGUUUACGAUCCUGCUCUUUUAUCAGUUAUUAAACAUUUACCAUGGUAUGAUUUCAUACCUGCAAAUUGGACGACAAUAAAGGAAAAUUUAAAACGAGCAAUUGAAAUUCGUAUGAAUGCUACAUCCAGUAUUCAACAAAUGCAAGCAGAACAAAUUCAUAAUGAACGAAUGAACAUGAAAUUAAGAGCUAAUGUUAUUGUUCAAACAGCCGGCUAUGAUUGGACAGUGGGAAAUGAUAUAACUCUAGAAACAUAUGAAAAAUGUUCAGAAGGAUUAUCAAAUACUAAUAUUUUAGCCCUAUGCAAUACAGGUGCAAUGAUGACUGCUUGUGGUUUAACAUUAGAUAUGAAUACAAAUGAGCCUGUAAUUGAUCCUACAGAAGUACCUGUAUGUUAUGAAAGAAAUAAUAAAACAAGCGCAUUUCGUGUUGUUGCACGUCGUCAGUAUGGUGAAAAAGAUAAGAAAGUCCGAACUGGAAUUAAAAAUUAUGAUAACAUCGGUAGUUGGUCACAAAUUGGCGAAUGUUCAAUACUAUCGAAUAAAUGUGAUAAUUUAGAAGGUACAUGGAAUGUUUAUUUAUGUUCUGGAUGCGAUGUACAAUGUCCAUUGGAUCAACAAACACAACGUCCAACAUUCUGCAGAUGUUCAUGUCCUAUUUAUACACCUGAUCCGGAUAUGAAAUCGGACCGACCGUAUUGUAAAAAAUGA